GUAGAUGACGUAAGUAGGUACCUAUCUAGUUAGUUUCCCUUCGCAACGAAGAAAGUGAGUUGUGUUGUGCGUUUUGGCGCAGAGUUUUUGACGUUUGUGUAGUUUUAAAGUGAAUAAUGUGAUUGUGUAGUUCGUUAUGGCCUAUAAAUACCGUGAAGAUUUAGUUGGCAAACGAUUUCUGUCUGUGAGUGGUGUAACGAAAAUUAAUGUGAAUAAAGUUUCGGAAUGGGGGUGGAAAGCUGGUGUUAUCAGGGCAGCAUCACUCAAAGAUAACAAGAAUAAGGAGCUUCAGGUGUUAGUGGAAUAUGAUGGUGUAGACUGGCAAAGGCGCGAGUGGGUUGCAGUUUAUUCGCGAAGAACGUUUCGAGUGUUUUUGGUGGAAAGAACUUUAGUAUGGGCGCCAAGAACUGUAGAUGGAAAAGAUGUGAAAUGGCCUGCUUUGACAUUCACCCCGCUAGCAGCGGAUGUGACCUUGCAGGCGGACGCUCAACCAGUUGAAUUUCUGCACGAUCAUCAUCUUCAAUUUCUUGAUUACGCCAACCUGCAACCUUAUCAGGAAUGGGACAUCCAUCUCGCUGGCUCGGAGCCAGGUGUAGAUAUGGCAGCUCUGUCUAACGAGGCCGCUGAAUGGCGGACCACGCAGGACGGCCAGAGGAUUUUGACUACGACGCCCUCUGUUCUCGGCGGGUGCAGAGCUCAAGUGUACAGAGUUGCUGGGGCUACUCAAUGGUACACGGCUGUCAUCGUCGGAGUCAACGAGCACACUGGGGAGCUGACAGUGACUGAUGACACGGUGCUGGAGGAGCACAGCGAGGACCCCGCCCUCGUGCAAAUGAGGCUUCUUGGAGACGGAGUAAUCGAAUCCAUUAUGCGGGGGGAAGUGGUGGGUGUGAUGCCGAGGAGAUCACGUUCCAACCUCCAAAGGCUUGACCGGGAGAAUACCAAGAGUCCAGCAAGCACUGGAGGCAGAAAGAAGACAGCAUUGAAGAGCAACGGGCAGAUAGCUACUGCUGAUCCUCCGCCUGCCGCGACAGGCUCAUCUCCGGAAAGUGAAUCCAACGAAAUUAACAAGAAAGGUGUUACCGUAAGUGUGAGUGCAAGUGAUGUCGUCAAUGUCAGUGAGGAAAACGACACGUGUGUGAAACAAGAGGAAGUGAACAAGCCGACGGUGGUUACUAACAGUGAGGUCGAAGUGAGGAGUGAAGUGAGUGGUGGUGCGACCGCGGAUGGUGUUGUUAGCGCCGUGGCCUCAGAGGAGGACGACUGUGUGAUAGUGUGCGCGCGAGAUGCGGACGAUAGGUCCGACUCCGGCGUGAGUGGAGUGCGCUCCGGUGGGUCGGCGAGCUCGGUGGAGGAACGCGAGUGGCGCGGCAUGGCGCACGGCUAUGGCGGCGGCCCACCCCCGCCCCUGCUGCACCUGCCCCCGCCGCCGCCCGCGCUCUACGCCAACGAGCUGCUGUGGAAGCAGCGGUACCAGGCGCCCAUGCACGGGCCGCUGCACCACGCCAUCGCUGAUGACUACCUCGCAGCGGCGACGUAUGAUAGAGAGAGACACGAAAGACUGCUACGAGAAAGAAGAGACCAGGAGCAGAGGGAGCACAAAGAAAGAAAAGAGAGAGAACGGAUAGAGCAGGAAAGAGAAAGGGAACGGGAAAAAGAACGAGAAAGGGAGAAACAAGAGAGGGAAGAGAAGGAGAGAAGAGACCAAGAAAAUGCCGCCUCCAAACUAGUCACCAGGCAUUUCGAAGAGUCCUUCAGGCUAGCUAAUCAGAAGCGGGACAGGAACAUGUCGUGGUCAAUACUCAACAGUUUGGCACCAAGCAGGGGGGCAGCGGGGCCAGACCACGACAGGGUGCGAGCGACGCCGCAAGAUCGCGCCUACUACUCUCCCCCCGCGCACCCCUCCCAUCCCUCGCACCCCUCGCCCCGCGGCCCCGCCCCUUCCCCCGCCGACUACCACGCCAGGCUCUCAAUCUCGAAACAAGAGAAACCUCCCCAUCCCUCUCUUCCCAAAGGCGAACCCAACUUCGCACCCUACAACUAUCCUUAUAGACCCUAUGAUAAGUUAAAAGAUCAGCAUUUACCGGCACCUCCGCCGUUAGUGCCUGAGAAGAAUUCUGUGAUAGUCAAACACGACGCCAAACAGAUCCACCUCGAACAAAAGCACCCGUACCCAAGCAAGCCUCGAAGUGAACCGUCACCGCAUUACCUUCCUUCACGGCCGUACAGGACGGGGCUCUCACCGCAUGCUCCCGCACAACAUCCUCAUCCAGCUUUGCAAACAUCACCACACGCAGCGCUACCCGCACAGGAUAAAAACAAUCGACGGCCGCUCUACCAACCCCCGCCGCAGCGUUCGCCUGCAUACUAUCAAGCGGCUCCUCCGGCUAAGCCAAAAGUAUCCAGUCCAGCGCCGCCACACAUAUAUGGCAAGCCUAGUAAUUCACCGAGCCCGGCGCACUAUGCUGUCGCAGUUGAACCUCCAAUGCCAAUGACGAAAGCUGAACCUCCUCCAGUGCCGUACCCUCCGCCGUCCGCUUAUUCUCCCGCGCCGCGUACGAGGCCGCCGCCUGUGGCCACGCACUGUCGGACGCCGGAACCACGUCCGCCGCCACGAGCUCACGGUGACACCAAUGUCUCGUCACCUUGUCAGACGCAGCCCCUCGAUCUAGGAGUAGCUCGCGACGAUCCCGACAGGUUAUCGCCGCGAAGACGGUGCCCCUUCGAUACCGCGGAGGCGGAUGCGAAACGGCGACGACUCGAGGAAGUGCCAACGACGGAACCUUUGAUAGCGGCCGCCGCCAGUGUCGGCAGAACACCUCACGGGUCGGAACCUGCUCCGCAAGCGCCGGGUCCGCCUUGUGACGUGAGAGUUCCAUCAGCGGACGGUAGUGUCGAGACGCCAGAGCGGGCCGCCGGAGCGUCGCCUGUGCCUCAGAUGACGCCGGCGGCGAGUCCAGCGCCAGCGACGCCUGUUCCACCACUCGCCGCCUCUCCGCCGACGGCCGCCGCCCCUCCGCCCGUGCCGACGCCGCCGGCUCCCCCCGCGACGCCGCCCGUCACGCCGGUCGCUGAUGGCGAUACUCCAGCCAAGUCGGCGUCCUCACCGCGAGACGGUUCAGCACCCGUCCGACAUUUAGGUAAAAAGGCUUGGCUACAACGACACGAAACCGCCCCGAUCGGCGAGGGCGACUGCUCAGGUGGUGGCGGCACCUGUAUAACGCUACCUAUGACGAUCACACGAGUCUCCGAGCCGGACGAUUCUAGUUCAAAUAUUGUGGUGCCGGUUGCCGCGAAAUCGAUUCAGCGCGGCGCUCGAAAGACGUCGAAGCCGCGGAAACCUAAAGAUAUGAACGGACGCGUCGAUGACGCCGAAGAAGACAGCUCUAGUUCAGACAGGGAGUCUGCGGCGCCUCCUAAGCGGAAACCUCCCAAGGCGAAACGAAAAAAAGGCGUCGUAGCGAGAAAAGCCGGCGAUGAGCCGAAAAAGAAGAAGGCGUCCGAAAGCGGCAGUGAGAGCGACAAGGAGAGCGACGACAAAGAUUCCGAUUCCGGUGCUAGUGGAAGCGGAAGCGGGAGUACAUCUAGCAAGCGCGGAGGCGGAGGACGUGCUAGAGGGCGAAGGUCCCGGGGCGGCGGCGGAGGCCGCGGAGGUCGGCGGAAAGAAGACCCGCCGCGGAGGACUCCCACAAACGCGCAGGCGCGGGCGAACAACGAGUCCUUUCUCCAGAACGGGCCUUGCUUCGAGGUCGCUCCCAGACUCGCCAAGUGCCGUGAGUGCCGGUGGUCACCGGCGCAGCGGGACAAAGACAUGCCGAAUAUCUUCUGCCGCUUUUACGCUUUCCGAAGACUGAAGUACGUCAACAAGAAUAGGCAACUAGCCAUAGCCGGCUUUUCAGACCCUUACAAAGAUGCUGACGAGGAUGAUAAAAAAUUAUGGCUGUCAUCGUCUGCCGGAGCGGCGGAAUUAGAUAUAGAAAUGAGUUGCUUCCUAUUGAGGGAGAUUGGAGACCAGUUCUGUGAACUGUUACAACAAGAAAAAGAGGCGGAAUCACACCACCUCAACGACGAUAAGACGAUAGCAUGGAAAAGAGUAGUUCAAGGUGUAAGAGAGAUGUGUGAUGUGUGCGAGACAACAUUAUUUAAUUUCCACUGGACAUGCGGCAAAUGCGGCUUCGUCGUAUGCUUAGAUUGUUAUAAGUCAAGGACAUCGGGUAGUGAGUCUAGUAGUAAUACAAAUGAAUCAAAUAAUACGUCGAAUGCUAGCACCAACGGCGAAAGAGACUCUUUUGGUUGGUUAACUUGCACGUCGGGAGGUGCUCACCCGGCACGGCGCUUGCUGCUGACGCAAAUAGCGGCGGGCGGCGCGCUCAACGAGGCGGCGGCUCGCUGCCACGCCGCGCGCGCCGCCUGGUCGCUGCCCGCGUGCGGCUGCGGCCUGCAUCCGGCGCCCUCCCCGCACCACAAGCAGCAGGCGCGUCGGCUGCUGCACCGCGUGCUUAACAAGAAUAUCAAGAAGGAGGAUGUCAAAGAGGAGAAUGUCUCAACAAACGGCUCAUCCCCAGUGAAAUCUGAGAACGGAAAGACCGGCAACAACGUAGUCAGCUGGCUCUCAGACAUCACAGUCAAAUCUGAGACGAAGGAAGAGAAAUCCGACUCCAGUUCCUCAGACUCCGAGGAGGACGGGAACUUCUCGACAUUGCGGGAGUUGUUGAUACGGCCCGCUCCCGAAGGCGGCGAGACUCAGCCCAAGAAGAAACAGAAGAAGAACAAAGGAGAUAUUUUGGACGACGUCAUCUCGAGCGUCGUUGAAGAAAAGAAAGACGAGGACGGCGAAGAAAAGCCGUUCGCAUUGUCCAACGUGGUAAAGCGGUACGACAGGAGGACAGGCCGCGAGGAACUGCCCGUUCGGAUCAUGACGCUGACGGAGUCGAAGCUUUUGUAUCCCGACGUGCCGCACGCGUGGCUUUGUGACGGCAAAUUGUUGCAUCUGACAGACCCAGUACAUCCUGGCAAUUACAAGCCCUUCCAGGAUCAAUGGAAACGCGGCCAACCAGUUCUAGUCUCGGAUGUUUCGAAUGUUCUCGACAAGGACUUGUGGACACCUGAGAGUUUCUCUCGGGAUUUCGGUGACACGAGAGUUGACUUAGUCAACUGCGCCUCAGGCUUAGUGGUGCCCAAUCAGCCCGCCCGGAAGUUUUGGGAUGGCUUCGAGUUAGCCGCCAAGCGGCUCCGGGACGAGCGGGGAGCCCCGAUGGUGCUCAAACUGAAAGACUGGCCGCCGGGCGAAGACUUCGCAGAACUUCUGCCGACCCGAUUUGACGAUCUCAUGCGCGCUCUGCCGCUCAGCGAGUACACAUCGCGCAACGGGAAGCUGAACUUGGCCGCGCGUCUGCCCGAAUGUUUCGUGCGACCGGACUUGGGUCCGAAAAUGUACACUGCGUACGGAGGCGCCGGCGGAACGACGAACCUUCACCUCGACGUCAGCGACGCCGUCAACGUGAUGGUGCACGCCAGCGCCCCGGCCGACGCUCCCGAGCGCGCCCGAGAAGCGGCGAGGGCGGCCGAAGAAGCCGGCGUGGACGUCCUGUCCCGGCGGAGAGCGCGCGUCAAACCACCGGCGGCUCUCUGGCAUAUUUACGCCGCCAAAGACGCAGACAAGAUCCGCGAUUUCCUAGUCCGCGCGGAGUUGGAGCGAGGCGCCAGACCGCGGCCCCAGCACGACCCCGUCCACGACCAAACCUGGUACCUGGACGCGACGCUGCGCGAACGUUUGUAUCGCGAGUACGGUGUAGAGGGAUACGCUAUUCUGCAAUGCCCCGGGGACGCAGUGUUCGUGCCCGCUGGAGCCCCUCACCAAGUCAGGAAUCUGCUGGAUUGCAUCAAAGUCGCCGAAGACUUCGUAUCACCCGAAAACGUGUCGCGGUGCUUCGAACUCGCGCAGCAGUUCCGCCGUCUGUCGCGCCAGCACUCCAACAAGGAGGACAAGCUGCAGAUAAAGAACAUCGUGUACCACGCGGUCAAAGACUCACUCUGCUGCUUAGAGGAAGCCUUCGCCGAAGCCAACAAAUAGAGCAGAGCAGGCCUCCCGCAUUUGAUCUCAAUUUCGACGUAACAUUAAUCGCUAAGUUCCGCAUUUAACGUAAGAUUGGGAGCGAGUAUGAUACGCGCUGUGCGCCGUUUCGUGUAUAAGAUGCCAUUUAUAAGCGUCCGAGUGGAUUGUGUACCAGUUGUGUAAAUGUACUCGAAAUGUGAUUUAGUCCGAUGGUCGCAAUCGGAGUAUGUGCAAUGUAAAUUAGUCUGAUUAUGGUGAUAUCGUUGAGAUGUGGAUAUGUUUUAUGUUCCUUAAUUGAAAUACAAAUAAACUCUUCUUUGCUUAAUUGUAGUUAUAGUGUUAUGUAUGUAUUGUGUAAAUUUUUAAUUCGAAUUCCAUCGAGUACAUAUUAAGAAGUGUAUACUUUUAAGUUAUUGUAUUGAAGUAAAACGUAUUCGCUCGAAGCAUUGUACAUUAAAACACGGCGUGUAGAUAAGUUUCUCCUAUAAUUAGAUUUCUCAAUUUGUUUAGUAUGUUACAAAAUGAUAGUUAAACAAAGUAUGUGACAAUUUCAUUUUGUCCUUAUCGCUGUAUUAGACGAAAGCAAGUUUUUUUUGUACUGUGUAUAUUAUGUAUGGUUAUAAGUUGGAAUAAAAAAAAAGAUGUUUAUAUUAUUUUGUGGUUUUUAUUUAUCUCUAAGUAACCGUAGAAACUGUAUUUGUUAGAUAGGAUAACUAUGGGGUCUGGCAGCUGCUUGACCAACCAAAUACUCUAACGUAUUUGAAGAUUUGAAAUUUUGAAAAUAUAUUUAUAUACUGUCAUGUUAUCAUUGAUUUAUGGAGUAAAACUUCUUUUUGGACGGGAUGUCAAUGGAAAAAAUCUAUGGAAAAGAUGAAACGAAAUUGCGUCACGAGCGUCACACGACUAUAUAGGUAUAUACAUAUUAUUAUUUAUUUAUAUAUAUGUGUGUGUGGGAUGCGUGCUGCGAAGGCUGAAGCGCUACGACUACACACGCGACAAUAUACACAUAUAUCAUCAUCAGCCUCUUAAUUUCCCCACUGCUGGGGCACAGGCCUUCCCUAUGGAUGGAAUAGGGAGAUUGGGCCAUGACCCACCACGCGGGCCCAGUGCGGAUUGGCGGGUGCUAACGACUGCAGGUGCAACCGGGACCAACGGCUUAACGUGCCUUCCGAAGCACGGAGGAAUUCGAGAUAGAAUUUUUUGGUCACCCAUCCAAUGACCGACCACUGCGAAAAUUGCUUAACUACAAUGAUCGCAGCCGAACGCGCUAACCACCUGCGCC